AUGAAACGUCGCUCGGCGUGCAUUGUCAGUCGACGGUAUCAAGUCGGUCGCGACGCGUCCGCGAGCGUGUCUCGAAUCUUUGUCGCCGACAACGACGGCGUCGCUAUACGCUGCGAACUCGCGGAUCAUCCUGCAAAGUUAAUUGUCACCCGACCCAGUUUCGCCUCAUUAAGCUUCCCUUCCCCCUCCCCUUCCUCUCGCCCCUGUCAUCGCGCCUCACAAUUUCCGACCGUUUGCUCAGGCAUUUCUCAAGUUGCGAAUUCGCUAAAGUUUCUCUCUCUCUCUCUCUCUCUCUCUCUCCUCUUUCCUUUCCUUUCCAUUUCCUUUCAGUGCGGUUCUCUUGCAGAGUGAAUACCUUCGUGAAACGCGCAGAGUACUCGCAGUUGUUUAUCGGCAGGGGUGCGAUUUACGAGGAUAUACCUGGGAAAUGGAGAUUCGCGAGACCGCUCGGGACGCGGGACGAAUGUUGUUUCAUGGGACAAGCUAGCGCGUUCGUUCCACUCGCCGUACAUUUGCUCGCGGACGUUACCUGCGGGCAUCGCAAGUCAAACAGAUUGCGUUCCCCGCGAAAGUGCGUUUAUUCUUGGAGCACGAGGAGCGCCCGGCGAACUGUCUCGGCCGAGGGAAUAUGUUCCCGAGGGAUAAUCGCCGAUCGCGCGCGCGGUGCUUCGAGGAGCGCAGCAAAAGAGACCACGUGAACGCGCCUUUCGCGGCGCUAAUAGCCUCUCGACGGCGCUUUUUUAAGAUCGCCGAGCCGCAGCGGCUUCGCCGGGAAUUCGACGAAUUUUUGCGGCGCGAAGCGAGCAUCGCCAGACUAAACCUGGACGUUCCCGAGGAAGCUCCUCGGCGAAUCGAUCGCGAGAGUAGAUUGCCCGGAGUCCUUGGACUCGGCGACAUUCGCGGAAGCCUGUCGGCUCGGCAGUCGGGCAGCAGGACAAACGGAAUGUCGCGUCGAACGAGUGUCGGCAGAUUAUCGUCGCUGACGGAGUGACGUAAUCUUGCCUCGCGGAAUUUAAGUUCCUCGAGUCAGCCGAGCUGCCGAGCUACAAGCUCAACAUGGAUUGGCUGUCGCUGUGCGUGUGUGGCACGAAGAACAGGCUCGACGACCAGAAGAAGGCGGCUGGGAAAGACGAAAGUCGCAAGCGCGACAGCAGCAAGAGGAGCAAGAAGUCGAAGAAGCUUUCGAAGCGUAAAGGAGCACGAAAAGAGCUGCCCGUGUCGUCGGUCUGCGUCGUCGAGUCGUCGCUCAAGUCGCAGGACGAGCAGCGGCAGCUCGAGAAGGAGAUCACAGGGAGGAUUUUAAGGAACGGUGAUGCUGUUAAUCAGCCGAACGACUUCGCGAACAAUCAGUUCGACGGUGGACCUCGAGCGGACGCGACGAAAGUGCUGGACGAUCCACCGAGUGACAUUUGGCCCCGUCCGAUCGACGAUCGCGAGGAUCUCGAGGAGGACUCGCUUCACGAGGACUUGGCAAGGAGUACGGACGAGCCCGAACUAACGGAGGCAUGUGUUAUCGAUUACAACGACGCGCUGCUGCAUUCGAGAUAUGUAUCGAUAUGCACGGCCGACGAGGACGAGAAGCGGGUCAAGUACGCUCCAGACGAGGAAGAGCAGAAGGACGCGGAAGAGGAUCCGGACGAGUCCGCCUCGAGAUCGGCGAUCUCCGGUGAGCCUGAGGACUCGUCCUGGACGUCGGAGGUCGAGGACAAACCGGAGACGGACAGCGCAACAGCGCAGAGUUUCGAUAAGAAGCUCGUGGAGAGAACCUCAUCGAGGAUUAAUUUUUCCAAGGAAAGGCAAGAGCGAUCGAAGAAGGCAAGAUCCAAAGACUUGAGGAAGGUCUUGCCGCCGAUCAAACGAAGGUCCUGCGUCGAAGCCUCGCAUAAUUCGCGCGUGAAUAAUAAUGAGACGCGAGGAUCCAAGGAGACGAGCAAAGUUGGCUCUAAGGGAGCCGCGCUGCUGUCUCGCGAACACAGCGGGAUUCGGCGGAAAUUGAACUCGUGCAGCUUCGAGGUUCGACCUCUGGCGGAUGAGGAGCGAGUUGCAAAAGGAAGGACUCGGCCCGAGGGAUCCUUGAUACCUAGACUCGCGUCCCCCCUGCGCCGAGCGGCGAAUUUCGCCAAGAGCGACGGCGAUGAGGCGGAAGUUGUGCAGAACGGUCGCGUUCACUCGGCAGUCGUCUCCGGUGUCAAUUUAGAGCAGCGCACCGUAACAGUAGAAUGGUUCGAGAGGGGAGAAACCAAAGGCAAAGAGGUGGAGAUCGACGCGAUUCUCGCCCUGAAUCGCGAUCUGAGCCAGAAGAUGAUGGGACCGCCGUCGCAGAUGAACAACCACAUGUUGGCGUCUUCGAAGGCGAGGGAGCGGGACUCCUCGGCUGAGGAGGACGAGGGGGUCGACGAGUCGGAGAACCAAGAGGAGGGCUCCCUCGGACGCCAUGGCGGUCACACCGCAAGAAACGGCCUCGCAUCCGCAACGCUUCCUGUACGAGUCACAUCUCGUCUCUCGCACUCCACCAGGCCGUCUAUUCCAGUGAAAGCGAGCUCGAAUAGGCAAUUGUCACGGCCGACAGGCCGCCCGACGAACAUUAUGGCACCGGCUACGUCCGUGAACGGUCACGGCGAGUCGAUUUCCGGACUGACAGGACGUCGGGAACUCGAGAACAUACCGCCGACACCUACGACGGUCGUCACGCAAUACAACCUGGCGAACCCGCUGCAGAACAAGCAGAAACAGGCGCAGCAGCAGCAGCAACAACAACAGCAGCAGCAGCUGCAGCAACAACAACAGCAGCUGCAGCAGCAGCAACAACAGCAGCAGCAGCAGCAGCAGCAGGCCCAGGUGGAGAAUGGCCGGAGUAGGCGAUCAAACGUCGUCAAGGAAGUCGAGAGACUGAAGAAGAACAGAGAAGAGAGGAGGCAGCGACAGGCGGAAUUGAAAGAGGAGAAGGAGGCUCUGAUGAAUUUGGACCCGGGCAAUCCGAACUGGGAGUUCCUCGCUAUGAUAAGAGAGUACCAGCACAGCAUAGAAUUUAGGCCGUUGCGAGAAACCGACGCCGUGGAGGAUCACCAGAUCACCGUGUGCGUCCGCAAGCGUCCGCUCAACAAGAAGGAGCACGCGCGCAAGGAGAUCGACGUGAUCAGCGUGCCCAGCAAAGAUCAGAUGGUGGUGCAUGAACCGAAGGCCAAGGUCGACCUCACCAAAUAUCUGGAGAACCAGAUCUUCAGAUUCGACUACGCAUUCGACGAGACGUGCAACAACGAGAUAGUCUACAAAUACACGGCGAAGCCGCUGGUACAGACGAUCUUCGAGGGCGGCAUGGCCACGUGCUUUGCAUACGGCCAGACUGGCAGCGGCAAGACGCACACCAUGGGCGGCGACUUCAACGGCAAGACGCAGGACUGCAAGAAGGGCAUUUACGCCAUGGUUGCCAAAGACGUGUUCAAGUGCCUGAAACUGGCGAAGUAUCGGCCCCUGAAUCUGGUCAUUUCCGCUAGCUUCUUUGAGAUCUAUUCCGGCAAGGUGUUCGACUUGCUUGCAGACAAGGAGAAGCUCAGAGUCCUGGAGGACGGCAAGCAGCAGGUGCAAAUAGUCGGAUUAACAGAGAAGGUGGUGGAGACCUGCGACGAGGUGUUGAAGUUAAUACAGCACGGCAACAGCGCCAGAACGAGCGGCCAGACGAGCGCGAAUUCCAACUCCUCGAGAUCACACGCGGUAUUUCAAAUUAUAGCACGCAUCCCGGGCACGCACAAGGUGCAUGGGAAGUUCUCUCUCAUUGAUCUUGCUGGAAACGAGAGGGGUGCCGACACCUCCUCCGCUAACAGACAAACUCGUAUGGAAGGUGCUGAGAUCAACAAGUCCUUAUUAGCAUUAAAAGAAUGUAUACGCGCGUUAAGUCGCAAAGGUACGCAUCUGCCUUUUAGGGCGAGCAAAUUGACUCAAGUGCUGAGGGACAGUUUCAUCGGCGAGAAAUCAAAAACGUGCAUGAUAGCGAUGAUCAGUCCCGGAAUGAGUUCCUGCGAGCAUUCCUUAAAUACGUUGAGAUACGCGGAUAGGGUGAAGGAACUGGCGGCGACCGACCCCACGGAGAUCAAAGCUUCACCGACGGACGACGAGCGAGGUCUGAAAAUCGAGGAACAUGCGAACAACAGCGUGCUGUCGGACAGCGAUCUGGCGCAACUUCGGUCUCUCAAUGAAGGUGAGCUUUCGCAGGAUCUAUAUACCUUCCAUGAGGCGGUGUCCGCCUUGCAGAUGCUCGAGGAGGAGGUGCUGGAUACGCACAAGCUCGUGAUGGACAAUGCGACCAAAUUCCUCAACGAUGCGCACAGCGUGUUCAGCGCGACUCACGAGGUGGACUACGACCAAGAAGAUUUGAGGCGGAAAAGAACAAAGUUUGAGUCACCCUACCUGAGGAGUUUCUCGUUCCGUAGACGUCUUAUAGAGAGAAAGCUAUUUUCCGACGCGUAUGCCCAAAAGUGGGAGCAACUGCUAAUACAGCAGCGUGACACUUUGAACAACGCGCUUGACCAAGUGAGCCAGUUCCGCGGGCAGCUCUUGCAGGAGGAACAAAUCAGCCAGAAGAUGACCCGAACGCGCAACAUUACGCGGUACAAUUAAGAAGAGGGACGCUUUCUUUUUUCUUUCUUUUUUUCUUUUUUCUUUUUUUUUCUUUUUUUUUUUUUUUUUUUUUUUUUUUGAAGGCGAGCACGAGAAGGAAAGCGAAGAGGAAAAAGAAUAGAAAAGACACACGAGAAAAAAAAAUACGCGAAACAAUAAAGGAAAAGUAUAACGAUUAUCUCUCUCACCGGUGAGAGAAGACCGCUUCUUCAUAUUUCUUCUUAUCGUGUACCGGCCGUUGAUCGCGAGAACGCGUGAGAAGCAGACAUAUACACAACACAUUCUUAAUAGUGCGACAUACGACAGUCAUACAUUUUAUAUAUAUAUUAUAUAUAUAUAUAUAUAAAAUGUAUGUAUAAGAGCGCGGAUAUGUAAACGCGGAACCUCUUGCCUUCUUCAAAAAUUGCUGCGAAAUUAUAUCGUGGACGAGAGAUACAUUCUGUCUCGUUCUGUUGAGAACGACAGAGAGAGAGAGAGAGAGAGAGAGAGAGAGAGAGAGAGAGAGAGAGAGAGAGAGAGAGCGAGAGCAAAAGCAAGAAGAACUUAGUUCUCCAGAAGAAACUUACCUUUAGCGCGAUUCUAUAUUAUAUAUAACGAUUCUACGUAGCGAGAUGAGAAAGAGAGAGAGAGAGAGAGAGAGAGAGAGAGGGAGAGAGGGAGAGAGAGAGAGAAAGAAUGUUCACGAAACGUAAUACAGAAACCGGCGUAUCUCUCGCGAGUUUAUAAUUAUUUUGCCGUUAUUUUCAUUGCGCCCGUCAACUUGCGACGCGAACAAAUCGAGGUGGCCGGGGAUAUAACGAAGAUAAUAAAUCUAAUCGUCCACGAAUGUAAAAUGAAGCGUGUUGGAGUUCUUUCCGUACCCUUUUUUCUCUUUUCUUUUUUUUUUAGUUUUUGAAACCGUAAAAAAUUUUAAGUACUCGAGGAUCGUUCGUGAAGAUAACACACACAUAUAUAUAUAUACACACACAUACACACACACACAUAUACAUACACACACAUUAUACACGCGAGCGCGCAUUUUAUUUAGCUAGCAACAAAAUCUCAGAACGUUUUACACGUUUACACGUUUCUCAAGUGACUUCUCGCACAUUUUACCACUGAUUCCGGGCAGUAUCCUAGGACUAUCGCGGAAAUUUUUAACCGUCAAGCACAAUGCGUCGGUACGUACCCCCGUCGUAUGUGUACCAUUUGUCCGUCUUCGAGAUGCAGAGUACCACCGCAGAUAAUGAUGAUGCCAGAAAUCAGACUAACACUCGUUUUUAGGCUAUAUAGACCGCUAGAUGUAUUGUUACGAGGGACCCAGUGUGUGAUUGGAUGAAGGAGAUAGAAAAAGCUUUAGCAAGCCGAUUCCCGUCAGAAGAAACAGAAUUAUAUGUGUGUAUGUGUGUGUAUAUAAAAUAUGACACACGCAUGGUGAUACUUUGUACACUCUCUCACAUACAUGGAACAUGUUCAUCGCGAAACAUAAACGCACACACAUACACACAUAAUACACGUGAAGUAAACGACAUUCGUAAACCAAAUAACGACUGAUUUCGAGAAAAAAUAAGAAUGUAAUUUUUAGCUCGUAAGAAACUGCACAGCGGCGUUUAUCCAGUCCCGAUGUUGAAGUUUUUUUUUUAGUAUCAAUAUCGUCGACGGCAUCAAACGGUCCACCCUUUUCUCUCUUACGUUAUUACAAUAUUGAGAUUAAAAUUUUCAUUUGGUUUGUCAACGAAUACUCCUGUGUUUUCUUCCUCACUCUUAUAUCUGAGUCACCGAGUAGCAACGUACGCUAAGUGGUUUUUAAUGUAAGCUUUACUGCGGACACGUCCAACAGUGUAUACCGUCGAUUUUCGCGAUUUGUAGCAGUUAACCGGCGUAAAAAGUCUACGAUCUUUUGAUGCUCUAUGGACGUUGCUUUUCUCUUUUGAUAAGCGAAAUCGAGAAAACCUUAUUACGUAAGAUAAGAGCUAAAUAAAUCUCCAUCCUGUCUCGUGUUUGAUCCUCGCGUUCUCUAAAGUAAUAUAUCGCGGCACGUGAUCGACGGUGUGUGAACGCGUUAUCCAAAGUUCGUAUAAAGAAGACUAGCACUAUUUCGGCGACAAAUGCGCAGGGCUCCUUCGGCAGAAUGCUGAAGAUUGAAUUGGCGACCAGGAUUAGCGCGCGACAGCGCGUACAAAGUUGAAGAUGCGAUAGAUUGUCGCAACGUCUUAUUAUAUCUCGAUAUUUGUUAUAAUUAGUCAUAAAUAUUUAUCGUAUCUUAUAAUUCGAGCAGAUCGAAGACCAAUUCGCCCUCUCACGACUCGUCGAAGGCCUCUGCGUUGUAUAUCUCAUUGAAAAGACGUGUCGUCGCCGUGUUAAUCGUGCGAGGAUAUCUCUAUCACACCAAUAUCAUCGCGCUAGACCAUAGAGAGUUAAGAAGAUCAACGAGAAUAAAGCGUGCGUUACGUGUUGUGCGACUUAUCUCUCUUGAACAUUUUGUUCUCCAAACGCAAAUCCAUUCUUGCGUGCCGCGAGAUCCUCUCGUGCGUGAGCUCGCGAAUAAACAAUCAUUGCCGCGCGUAUGCUCGAUUUUGUAAUAAACGUAUAAUAUCGUUCUAAUUACACUUAAACUGGGAGUUACUCGAUCUUGAAGCUUAGAAAUAAAUUAGCGAUAAUAACAGAGAAAAAGAGAGGGAGAGAGAGAGAGAGAGAGAGUUAUAGAGAGUAAUGGAGAAUUGACAUUUCUGUUGAGAGAAAGAAAGAGAGAGAGAGACGUGCGAUUUUUAUAUAAAUAUAUAAAAUACUCAAAUAGAGAGAAAGAGAGAGAGAGAGAGAGAGAGAGAGAGAGAGAGAAUGUAAAGACAUGUGUAUGUAAAGACAUUGUUUAAAAAGAAAAAAAUUACUGUUAAAUCAAAAAGUAAACUUAUAGUUACACCCGCCGCCGGGCGCAUUUUAAUUUAAUUUAACGUAUUUAUCAAGUAUAUUUAUUAUAGCCCGAGGCUAUAUAUAUAUAUGCAAUUAUACCACUACUACACUUAUACUUCGCUUCGCACGUCGAAGACAGUCGACGUUGUUUUCGUUACACAUAUCCGACUACAUAAUGUUUCCUUCUCGAUACCUCUCUACAAAGUGUGUGUGUAUGUAUGUGUGUAUGUGCUUCGCUAUUAUUAACGAACAUUUCGGACGAACAGUUCUCGUUUUAGCAGCGUUUUCGCCGAUUGCUGCCGUUACUACUGCUGCUGUAGUUCAGACAUACUACUCAAUAUAGUUUCGAUUCGACGAGACUUAAAACAAUUGGCGGAGCCUUUUUUUGUUUUAGAUUACACAGAGGAAAAGAAAAAGAAAAGUGUCACACGUUUCACCGUCUCGAAUAUAGUAUUUUUUAAUAAGUAUAGUGGCGUAAUAGAUGAAGCUUAACGAUCGAAAGACGUUAAUAUACUUCUUAUUUUUUUAUAAUCGAAUAAUUUAUGCGGAAAGAAAGAGACGAGGCGAAUCAAACGACCCGUAUCCUCAUCCUGCCUUAUCUCUUUACCCCUCUUCUAUAUGUCGUACUUAAUAGUCGACCUCUGGAACUAUUCUAAUUUGAUGUGCACAGAAAGAUUUUGGAUACGUACGAGAGGUUUCACGUUGUUGCUUUAUGAAUGAAAUAAAUUGCAAAAAAA